CGUGGGUUCGGAGGAGAACCCGGGACUGGGGAUCAUGGCGGGAGCGGAGACGGGGGGCGCGGCGGGGGACGGGGCAGGAGCCGAGGUCCCGCAGCCCCAGAAGCGCUACUAUCGGCAACGUGCGCACUCCAACCCCAUGGCUGACCACACGCUGCGCUACCCCGUGAAGCCUGAGGAGAUGGACUGGUCUGAGCUAUACCCAGAGUUCUUCGCUCCACUGACUCAAAACAAGACCCACGAUGACCCAAAGGAUAAGAAAGAAAAGCGAGCCCAGGCUCAAGUGGAGUUUGCAGACAUAGGCUGUGGCUAUGGUGGCCUGUUAGUGGAACUGUCACCGUUGUUCCCAGAUACACUGAUUCUGGGCCUGGAGAUCCGGGUGAAGGUCUCAGACUACGUACAAGACCGGAUUCGGGCCCUUCGAGCUGCUCCUGGAGGUGGCUUCCAGAAUAUUGCUUGUCUCCGUAGCAAUGCCAUGAAACACCUUCCCAACUUCUUCCGCAAGGGCCAGCUGACGAAGAUGUUCUUCCUCUUCCCUGACCCACAUUUCAAGCGGACGAAGCACAAGUGGCGAAUCAUCAGUCCCACGCUGCUGGCAGAAUAUGCCUACGUGCUUGGAGUCGGGGGGCUGGUGUAUACCAUAACUGACGUGCUGGAGCUGCAUGACUGGAUGUGCACCCAUUUCGAAAGGCACCCCCUGUUUGAGCGUGUGCCCCUGGAGGAGCUGAGUGAAGACCCCAUUGUGGAACAUCUGGGCACGUCAACUGAGGAAGGAAAGAAAGUCUUACGCAACGGAGGCAAGAAUUUCCCAGCCAUCUUUCGAAGAAUACAGGAUCCCACCCUCCAGGCAAUGACCCCUGGUCCCACCCCUCUUGGCCACUGCUGGCCUGCCUUGCCUUAGCGUGACCCCUGGACCUUCCCAGCUGAGCCUGCCAGGGCCAAGAGGCGACAGUCUUUCAAAGAAGUUGGGGAACUGCCCAGGGCAGAAGCCUGGGAAUCACAACUACCCCAACCUCUCACCUUCUUGCCCCUCUACCACCAACAGAAAGCAGAAGAAGCUACGUAGGAAGGUCAGCAGACCUUGGACCAAAAGGGAUGUUUGGAAGGGUGUGGGGUCUUGCUCUCCCUUAGCACCCCCUUCUCCUUCUGGGAUCUCUCCUCCUCAGCUGGAAUAAGGAACGCAGGUCUCCACUGUCCAUCUAAACUGCUUGCUAGACUCAAA